ACCGCACGAGGAGGGACGCCCCCCUCCUUCUUCUUCUGCUCCUGAAGAAGGAAGCUGCGUCGCCAAGAUGUCGUCGGCGGGUUUCCUGGGAUGCGUUCUCUUCUCUCUCCUUCUUGCAGGCCAUGCCGCCAACGUCGAGGAAAUGGCUUACAAAUACGCACCAUAUUUUCGCUUUGACUUAGUGGAAGGUGGCAGCGGCUUCUGCUUCCCCCACAACGCCUCCGACUACUACCACGUGCGGAAGGCGGGCGACACGUCCCGCCAGUGCAACACGGACUAUGCCACGGUGUCCAACGGCGACAUCCCCACCUACUGGCACGCUAUGACAUGUGGCUACCAUCUCCACAUAGCGUACUGGACCUUCUAUGGCUACAACCACGACUGCGACUGCUGCUCCGGUGAGCGAGACGCCUGGUGGGAGUUCGUCGUCGUCAAGGUCCGUGACUGGGAUCUGCAGCCGCACAUGCACGAGGUCAUGUUCGGCCAGAAGAAGGGCUGGUACACGAGGGUCCCAGGCCACUACGAGGUCCACGACACCACGCACCCCGUGGCGUACGUCGGCAAGGCCUCGCACGGAACCUACCACGACGACGGAGGCACCGGCACCUGCUGCUACUUCGAGGACUUUAGGAACCCGGGUCACUUAGACAUGAACAUGAAGACGUGGCUGAACCUGGUGGAGCUGAAGCAGGCGGGCGGCGAGGGGUGGAUGGAAGACGCCGACGCCGAUGUGUGGAACGGCCUCCUCGCGCCCACCUUCAGGAGCGACUGGGACCUCUGCUCCCUCGUCGGCUGCACCGGGUCCUCUCUCCAGCUGUGUGGGACAUCGGGAUGCCACAAGAGCGACAUCGGCCAUGACCCAUUCUAAAGACACAGAAGUACCUGUGUAUGUCUUUUGCAUAACAAGGAGGGGCGAUUAAGAAACGUCGCAGAGGUGGUUAUGUGAGAUGGAAUAAAGAUGCAUAAAAUCUGG